CUUCGGUUUGGGUUUAGUCCAGCCGCGCAAACCAGCGCACAGACAGGCUGAAGCUGUGGACCGGCUGGGCAGGCAGAGCGCAGGAACGGCGGGAGUGGAGGAGCCGGGGCACCUGGGCGCAGGGAGUGUCCCAGAAACCAAUAAGGAGGACAAGGGACCCCUUAAAACUCCUCCACGUCCUGCUGGCCAUGCUGACCUCAGUAUCCACUCUCCUCACUCCCAGGAUCUUCUGGGUCCUCUUGUUCUUGCCCGCCUUCAGGAGUGCUCAGAGUGGAACCUGGGACAACCCCAACUGCACCAGCGGUGUGGUUUCUGUGUCGAAGGGCCAGCCAGCCACCAUGAGCUGCAGCAUCUCCAAUGCCUUCUCCCACAUCGACAUCUCCCUGAAAGCGAACCCCACGGCGCCCUGGAAGCUCAUCUUCAGUGUAAAGGCCCCAGGAAACUUCUGCCAGGAUGGAUGGCAGCUCUGGAUUUGGGAGGGAGAGGCGUACCUAGUAACUGAAGAAGCCCUGGACACCCAGGCAGGGCAGUACAAGUGGAGUCUGAAGGGGCGCCAGAGACACAUCAGAACCACUACCCUGAACGUCUCAGAACUGCAAGACCUGUUCCUCACACCUUCUGCAGGCCCAGAGAGGAAGCUGCGCAGUCUCCAGGCUGAAUCCCAGGACAAGAGCCAGACACAAGUGGUGUUCCCCAUCCUUGCCCUGGUCGUCAUCCUCGCCCUCGCGCUGAUCUGCAUGCUGGCCUGGCGCCGGAGGCGUGGUUCCCCACUCUCCAGGCUCCAGCAGGCCUGGGCUCCUCCCCAGGGCAGGAGUGCCAUGCUGCGGUCACCUGGGAGACGCCCCAGUUUGGGGUCGUAGGCCGAUCACGUCUUUGGACCAUGAAUAAGACCCUACUGGACCAUCUUUCUUUGGACCAUAAAUAGGAACCAGUUUGAGGGACCUUCCAGGAAGCACUUGCGGAACCGAAAUGAGGAUAUCAGUGGCCUGAGAUGAUGCACGGGGCCUCCUCCACCACCCUCAAAGGGUAGAGCAGCCCCUCUGGAUGGGAGGCCGGACAGCUGGCUGCUGGUGGAAUCUGUGUCCAACCUCCCCAGUCUCCCCUAGCCCUGGGGCUCCCCUCUUUGCCACCUGGCCUACCUGCUGCCCCUUCCUGUUCCCAAAUGUAUAUCAAACCAUAUCCUAAACUGUAUAUGCCACAUGUCUUUACAAGAGAAACUGUAUAACUCCUGUGAGUGUAUCCAUUGUUUUUUGUUUUUUGUUUUUUUGGAGGGGUGGGUGGCGGCAGGUCUUUUUAUCUUCCUUUCCUCGUUUGUUUCCUUAUGAUUUGAUGACUUUAGUGCUGCACUUGAAUUCCUUUUUCUUCUGUGUGUGUAUCUAUGAUAACAGACUUUUGGUUUUUUGUG